AUGCGCCAGCCUCGCUUCCCCCUCGGGUGUCCGUCCCGCACCUAUCGGCGCCCAAACGUCACCCACGCACAGCGGUACCAUCCAUCCAUCACCCGCCCACACCGGUACCGUCCAUCCAUUCGCCCCCGUCCCCGCUCCCUCACUGCUGCCCCACGCACCAGCACCUCGGCCCCCGCCGCCCCUUCCCCACGUCUCCGCACCGCUGGCCCGUCCCGCAGCCUGGCUCCAGGCGCAACACCUGGCUCCCAGCCGCACCUCCCCGCGGGUACCCGCGCCGGUCCCGUCUCCGGUUCCGGCGGGAGCCCCGUGCCACCGCCUCCUCCUGCUGCCGCCGGUGCCGUGGCUGCUCAUCCUGCUGGAGGAGAUGGUUCCACCGGCUCUCGAGACCCUCCGGCUCCAGAUCCCCGCUGCCGCUGCAGCCCCCCGACCCCCAGCCCUGGGCAGGGCAGGCUCCAGGCCCGCCAGCAGCUGAGCGUCGCCUGCGCCGUCUGCUGCCUCUUUAUGGUCGGGGAGGUGAUAGGUGGGUACCUGGCACACAGCCUGGCCAUCAUGACGGAUGCAGCCCACCUGCUGACGGACGUGGGCAGCAUGUCCGUCAGCCUCUUCUCCCUCUGGGUCUCCAGCCGCCCGCCCACCAAGACCAUGACCUUUGGCUGGCACCGCUCAGAGACACUCGGUGCACUGGCCUCUGUCCUCUCUAUCUGGGUCGUGACUGCAGCUCUUGUCUAUCUGGCGGCCGCCCGCAUUAUCAGCAACGACUACGAGAUCGAGGCGCAAGCGAUGCUGGCCACAUCCGCCUGUGCUGUCGGCGUCAAUCUGGUCAUGGCCUACAUCCUGCACCAGUCCCCUGCUGGCCACGGCCAUGGCACAGGGGCCUACGAGAUGCUGGAGAGCUCUGCGUCCUGCCAGCCCAGCCACAGCCCCCUGCCCGGCAGCACCAGCGUGAGGGCAGCCUUCGUCCACGUGGUGGGUGAUCUGCUGCAGAGCGUCAGUGUCCUCGUGGCUGCCACCAUCAUCUACUUCAAGCCCCAGUGCAAGAUUGCAGACCCCAUCAGCACCCUCUUCUUCUCGGUCUUUGUCCUUGGCUCCACAAUCACCAUCCUCAGAGACGUCUUCAGGGUCCUCAUGGAAGGGACACCGCAGGGCCUGGAGUUCGAUGCGGUGAAGGAGGUGCUGCUGGAGACCAGCGGGGUGCGGGGUGUCCAUGACCUGCACCUCUGGGCGCUGACGCUGAGCCACCCCGCCGUGUCGGUGCACGUGGCUGUGGAUGCCAGUGCUGACGCUGAGACGGUGCUGCAGGAGGUCACUGCCCGGCUCCAGAGCAGGUUUGGCUUUGCCUUGUGCACGGUACAGGUGGAGCGGCACCAGGAGGAGACAGCAGGUUGUCCUCACUGCCAGGACCCCCGAACCUGA